AUUUUAAAUUUUUGUACAAUCGAGUUUUAUAAUUCGCCUCUGCUCAUUGGAUCUUCUUGGAGCAUCGCGGUGCCCUCUUCGCGCGAAGCUUCACUGUAGCUUACUUGAUGGCCUAGGAUUCUUACACACCAGCUUCAAAUCAGUACUCCUUCCUCAAUUUAUUUAAUCUACACCCUUUUUGUUCUAAUCCUCACCAAGCUCCGGUCCGCCGCAGCAAUGGCUAACAUCACCACCAAUAUUAUUUUUCUCAUUUUCCUCCUCCUCUUUUUCUUCCUACACCACGCACAUACGACCCUCUCCCUUCCCCUGCUCCCCAUAACCUCCACAAACCAAACCAAAGUAUACAUCGUUCACGUCCUGCACCCGGACGGCCCCACCGAGCUACUCACCCACGACGAUCGUGAAAGAUGGUACCUUUCCUUCCUCCCCAACGCCACCCUCGACUCUGGCGAACCCCGCAUGGUCCACACCUACUCCGUCGCUAUGUCUGGCUUCGCCGCCCGCCUCACCACCGACGAAGUCAGGCGCAUGGAGUCCAUCCCCGGCUUCCUGUUCGCCCACGUUGACAAACCCGUCCACCUUCGCACCACUCACACCCCCACCCUCCUCGGCCUCAACCAAUACAACAGCCUCUGGCAAAAAUCUAGCCAAGGCGAAGGCAUUAUCAUCGGCGUGCUCGAUAGCGGCAUCACUCCCGACCACGCCUCCUUUGCCGACCCCGGCCUGCCUCCUCCUCCCCUCAAGUGGCGAGGCAGUUGCGACCUCCCCGCCGGCUUCUCCUGCACUAACAAGCUCAUCGGCGCCCAAUCUUUUACCGGGAAAGCUGGAACCCCCAUCGAUGAAGGAGGGCAUGGCACCCAUGUCGCAGCCAUCGCUGCUGGCACGAAGGUCCAAGAUGCAGAGAUCCUUGGCCAAGCUCGUGGCACCGCUUCCGGGAUGGCCCCGCGGGCUCACAUCGCGGUGUACAAUGUCUGCAGCAAGAGCUCCUGCUCACACGCCAACAACAUCAAGGGCUUCGAACAAGCCAUUAUUGAUGGUGUUGACUUAAUCCAGAUCUCCGUAGGCGUAAAAAAUUACGCUUACAACCUCAACGGUAUAGUCAUCGGAUCCUUUGCGGCGCUCAAACAAGGAAUUUUAACCAUUAACUCUGCUGGCAAUAGCGGCCCUGCGAAAAGCAUCCUCGACAACGACGUUCCAUGGAUCCUCCAUGUCGGCGCCGCCAACAUCGACCGCCAUGUCACUGCAAUGCUGAAGCUCAGCAAUGGCAUGGAGUUUAAGGGCAUGUCAGCUUAUCAACCAGACCCUUCAACCGCGGUGGACCUCCACCUCAUAUAUCCUGGAGUCAACCAGACUCAAAAGACGUUAGCAUGUCAGGAUGGAUCUAUGGCUGGCUUCGACGUCGUUGGGAAAAUGGUUCUGUGCGGCACCGGCCACAUUGAUAAAAUUGAGAAGGCCAAAAUCGUGAAGGCCGCCGGUGGGGCUGCUAUCAUUGUCAUGAACCAACCAUCGGAAGGGUACACCCUGAACGCCGACCCCUAUAGCAUCCCCGCCAUCCAUGUCUCCUACACCGACGCUAUUAAGAUCUUGAACGAUUAUGAGACAGACCCGAAUAUUACAGGAACAAUAACAUUUAAGGGCACAAACUAUGGAGCUCGGCCAUCGCCGACCGUUGCCAACCUUUCCUCGAGAGGGCCAAGCUUGCUCAAUGGUGGCAUUCUAAAACCCGAUGUCAUUGCCCCUGGAGUGAACAUCCUUUCCGCGUGGCCCUUCAAGGCUGGGACUCAUGAAAUCUCUGAUAACACAAAGAACUUCAUCAUGGAGAGAGGUACUUCCAUGGCAGCACCUCAUGUCUCUGGCGUCGCAGCGCUUUUGAAAAAGUUACAUCCCGAUUGGUCCCCCGCGGCAAUCAAAUCGGCGAUUAUGACCACAGCUUAUUCCUUAGACCGUGAUGGUGAUCCGAUAAAAGAUGAUGCGUCGAAAAUCGAUGCUUCGUUUGGCGAGCGUGAUCGUGCAAGUAUCUUCGCCAUUGGUGCAGGGCACAUAAACCCAGAAGCAGCCAAUGAUCCGGGACUUGUUUAUGAUUUCAUCAACGCGGAUGAUUAUAUUCCUUACCUCUGUAGCUUGAAAGGGUACAAAAGUGCGAUGGUUACUCGCAUUGUGAACCAGGAUGUGACUUGUGGAAGAAAGAAGAUGGGAGCGGAGGAAGUGAACUAUCCGUCAAUACAGGUGUCGAUGGGGUUUGCAGGGGCCAAAGAAAAGACCGUGCAGCGGACGGUGAAGAACGUUGGGGAGGCGAGCGCAAAAUACACAGCAAGCGUAGUAAAGCCGAGCGGUGUGGAGGUGGUUGUAAGCCCGGAGACGCUCGAGUUUUCGAACGUUGGCGAGGAGCAGAAAUUUACGGUGGUGCUAAGCUUGACCGGGAAGGGAAAACUGAACAAGGAUGAUGUGUUGGAAGGUAGGCUUAAGUGGGUAUCAGAAUCAGGCAAGCAGGAGGUGAGCAGCCCCAUUGUCGUCACUGCUUGA